AUUGCGUUGUUUCCCAGAACUUCUAGCAUUGCAGGAACCAAGUUUAAUCGAUCUCUUCCUUUUUCUUCAGGCCUCGGAAUAGCCGGUGCAGCGAUAGUCGGUAUACUUCUAGUAGUCGGAAUUAUAUGUUUCCGGAAAAAAUGGCAGAAGAUUAACGACAAUGCUGAGAUUGAGGCAUUCAUAAAUAAGUUUGUUUCUCUUACACCAAGGCGAUAUUUCUAUGGAGAAAUCAAGAAAAUGACAAAUAAAUUUAAAGAUAAAUUAGGUCAAGGAGGAUAUGGUACUGUAUAUAAGGGAACAUUGCCCGACGGUCGUCUUGUUGCUGUUAAAGUCCUAGGUGAAUCCAAGGGAAAUGGGGAGGAUUUCAUGAACGAAGUGGCCAGCAUUUGUAGAACUUCUCAUGUUAACAUAGUGACUUUACUUGGUUUUUGUUUUGAGAGAUCAAAAAGAGCUUUGGUAUAUGAAUUCAUGACCCACGGAUCGCUCGAUCGAUUCAUUUACGAUCGAGUAUUGCACCACCAAAGACGUCAAUUGGAGUGGAAAACAUUAUAUGACAUUGCAGUCGGCAUCGCCAGAGGACUCGAAUACUUGCAUCAAGGCUGCAACACAAGGAUCUUGCACUUCGACAUAAAACCUCACAACGUCCUUUUAGACGACGACUUCUGUCCGAAGAUCUCUGAUUUCGGUUUGUCCAAAUUAUGUGAAAGAAAGGAGAGUGUUAUUUCCAUGGCAUGUGCUAGGGGAACAAUUGGCUACAUUGCACCAGAAAUGGUUUGUCGAAACUUCGGUGGGGUUUCUUAUAAAUCAGAUGUGUACAGCUAUGGAAUGAUGGUCCUUGAAAUGGUGGGAGGAAGAAAAAAUAUCGAUGUGGGAGUGUCUCAAACCAGUGAGAUAUAUUUUCCUUCGUGGAUUUAUAGCCAUCUUGAUCGCUCCAUGAACUUGGAUCCUAAUGGAGUAACAGAUGAGGAAGAAGAAAUAAAGAGGAAGCUGAUAAUAGCGAGCCUUUGGUGCAUUCAAUUGUACCCGUCCGAUCGACCAUCAAUGAGCAAAGUGUUGGAAAUGUUGCAAGGAGAGCUUCAAUCAUUGAUGAUUCCACCUAGACCUGUUGAAUCUUCUUCUCCUGUACGAUCACCUAUAACUUAUAUAGAAACCAGGGAUUCAAAAAACGAUCGUGUAACGGUAUAACGACUGUUAUAUCGUGGUAUCAGCGGCUCCCGUUACCGAUAUCAGCUGAAAUCAAGGUGUGAAACGGAAUCACGGCCACAAUUUAAUUGGUAAUGGUCG